AUGGUACGUAGACGCUCGACGAAAUGUGCUGCUCAAAAGAAUUCUGAACCAGCUCCUGAAGAAAGGUCUUUCGUUAACCCAUCAGCUGUCAGUCUGCAUGUCUUCUGUCCUAUAUGCCAGGAGGCAUUUUCUAAUCCUCAGCGUGCACCAUGUGGCCAUUCAUUUUGCAAAGGUUGUAUCGAUCCGUGGAUUCGUGACUCGCCUACCUGUCCGGUUGAUCGUCUGCCUAUCCCAAAAGGAUCCAUGCACCAUGAUUUUAUAGUUGAAAAUAUAAUAGGCGAAUAUAUGGUAUCAUGUCCUUGGCGUUCUCUAGGAUGCGAUUUUAUCGGUCGCUUGUGCAUUUUACCCAGUCAUAAAAAAAUGUGUCCAAUGAAUCCUGAACAUCUUCCUGCAGAAUUACGUAAUCGUAUUAUGGUUGGUUUACAAAAUACAACGAACGGAAAUCAAUCUUCAGACUUGAAUUGUUAUUCAUAUAAUGAAAAGCUGUCGAAAGCUCAACAGGAACCUGCUCCUCCUACAGUCACAAGUGAUGACAGUAAUGAAAGUAAUGCAUCAACUAGUCAUGAGAAUAGUCUACUGUCACAGAAUGUUGGUCCCAGUCUAUAUGACACUAGAAAUAAUGAAAGUGUUGAUGAAGAUCACCUUCUGCCUGCUCCACCACCUUGCCUGUUGUUUCGAUUAUAUCAAAAUUCUGAUGAGAAUGGUCGUAGUCUAUUAUGUAACUUUCUACGAAGUGAUCAACCUUCUGAAUCUACUUCUACCAGUGCAGGUAAUAAACGACGCCGUAGAAGAUGA